AUAUCGAAAUAAUUAUUCUCAUUCUUCUUAUCACGUUCGACCUUGGCAAAUGCUCGUUCACAUGCAUGCCCGUAUGCAUUACGCAUCUUGCAAUGACUCGUGAAACGAGGCGUGUCUCGUUUUAAGCAAGUGCACGUAUGUAUGUAAGUACUUAGGUCGUUAGCCCGGAUACAUGUUGCGUGGAAUACAGUUGCGAAGAAUUUGAUACGUGAUGGGCAUAAUCUUUCGAUCAUUCCUUUCACCGAGAUUAUUAGCGUACAUUAUUCCGUAUCGAACUUUACAAAAUGUUCGAAUCCUCGUUUCGAUGGAUCAUUCUUGGAAUUGUUAUCGCGACAUGUUACGCGGAAAUUCGAUGUCCAACGGAACAAAAUUGCAACUGCUACCUAAGUCCAGAAGGAGUUUUUGAGAUACAAUGUCCAACGGAUAGUUAUUCGGCCUUCGUUGUGAAAGUCAAACUGUACGAACGUAUUGGGAUUGAAUGUGUAAAUUUUCCAAAAUGGAUUGACUUUCCAACAAAUGUGUUACCACCUGAAAAUGUAACUCUAUUGUAUUUUAAAAUGUGCGAAUUACCAAUAAAUCAGAGUUUAAAUGAGAUCUCGAAGAAACUCGGUGUUCAAAACAUAGAGAAACUGAUAUUUCAUUCAUAUGGCAAAUUAUCUGUUCUGAAUAGGAAGCAUCUACAAGGUUUUCCAAACUUAGAAUAUCUGAGCCUGACGUGUAAUAACUUGACCAAUUUUAGCAAUGAUAUUUUCGCGGAUAUACCACGAUUGAAGAAUCUCAAUUUACGCCAAAACAAUAUUUAUUCAUUAUCUGAAAUUUUCAAUUACAUACCCAAUUUAGAAAUACUUGAACUUGGUGAUAAUAAGCUGAAGGAAAUAGACGUGAACACAUUCAAACCAUUAAAAGCACUAAAAAUGUUAAAUAUGUGGGGGAAUAAGUUUACAGAGUUUAAAUCGAAUAUAUUCGACAAUCUUAUAUCAUUGAAUUCCUUGGACGUGAGCAGCAAUCAUUUAAAUACUUUGCCUAAUGAUAUUUUCGCGAAAUUGAUAAAUUUGGAAUUAUUACAUUUGGCCUGGAACAACUUUUCCUCGCUACCAAAAGGUCUACUGCAGCACAAUGUUAAAUUAAACAAAGUAAAAUUAUCUAAUAAUAGAAUAAACAUGAAGUCAUUACCGAAUGGAUUCUUUGCGAAUUUGAAGAAUCUGAAAGAGAUAGAGCUGAAUAAUAAUGGUUUGAUAGAAUUGCCUGAUCUAUUUCAUGAUUCCAUAUCGCUUGAGAUCAUCGAUUUGUCUUUCAAUAAUCUUGAGUCUCUUCCUGAAUAUCUUUUUACGAAUUUGAUGAAUUUAACGAAAUUAAUAAUUAGUAAUAACAAAUUAACAUCAUUGCCUGAUAGAAUCUUCUUACAAUUGAAGAAAUUGAUUAUGUUAGAUUUGUCUCACAAUAAUCUUACUUCAAUAUCUCGACAUCUUUUUAGUGGUUUAAUAUCACUUCAAAAUUUAAAUAUGGAAAAAAAUCAAUUAAAGAUUAUAGAAGAAACAAGUUUUAAUUUCUUAACCAAGCUACGCAUUGCAAAAUUUUCUAACAAUCAACUUACAUUCAAUACUUCGAUAAAUAGCUAUAUUGAUGAAUAUGGAAGGAGAUCACCUUUUCAAAGUUGUUCAUCUUUAGAAGAAUUGUAUUUGGACAAAAAUAAUAUUUCGGACAUAUUUGGUGAUUGGCUUGUAACUCAUGUAAAGCUGAAGAAAUUAAAUCUCCAGUUUAAUCAAAUACAAGAAAUAUCAAUCCGAGAUUUACAAUUUAUAUCAAAUUCAAUUGAAGUGAAUCUCACAAAUAAUAACAUAAAACAUAUAAAUUUGAGUGAAGCUAAAGAAAUUGCAGGAUUUCAACAAGAUUCUCGGAAUGUAAUGAUAUAUAUUGAGAAUAAUCCUAUCGAAUGUGACUGUGAUAUAUUUGAUUUUCUUCUUUAUUUGGAAGGAAAAUUGGAUCCUAACGUUUAUAGAUAUUUUCACAUCGUGCCAGGAUGCUUGACAUGUCAAAAUUCACAAAUGUUUAAAGGCAAAGAAAUAGUAAAAUUAGAAUCAAAGAAAUUUAUCUGUCAAAUAUCUAAUCCUUGUCCUAAUGAGUGCACAUGUUAUUCACAACAAAGUAAUAAAGAAUUCACAAUAAAUUGUUCGCAAAAAAAUCUUAUAAGCGUGCCACGAAAUAUCGAAACAUUACUAAAUUAUAAACUUGUGAUAGAUCUCACGAAUAAUAAAUUAAGCGAAAUGCCAUCUUUGACAGAAAUUGGUUUAGAUAAUGUACAGAUAUCCAAGUUGCUAUUAUCAAACAAUAAUAUUCAUGAGAUAUCUGUGGAUGGAUUACAAUCGAACAUAGAGUUGGAGUUACACAACAAUAAUAUCAGUAAAUUAGAACCAAAUGUUUUACAAUUCCUAAACAAUAGUUCAUCGUUAACAUUGCAUGGAAAUCCAUGGAUAUGCGAUUGUGAUACGAAAGAUUUACUUAGCUUUAUACAAACUAAGAUUUCAGACAUUCGUAAUUCUUCUCUAAUUACUUGCAAAAAUAUGAAUAUUUCGAUGAUAAAAAUGACAGUAGCAGAUUUCUGUCCUACUUAUACUGCGUUAAUCAUAUCAUUAAGUUUUUCUUUAGCUGUCUCAGGUAUGAUAAUUGGUCUGCUAGCAGCAAUUUAUUAUAGAUAUCAACGAGAAAUUAAAGUUUGGCUGUAUGCACAUCAAUUUUGCUUAUGGUUAAUAACAGAAGACGAAUUAGACAAAGAUAAAUUGUAUGAUGCAUUUAUAAGUUAUUCACAUAAAGAUGAAGAUUUUGUUGUAAAUGAAUUAGUUCCAAAGUUAGAAAAUGGACCUAAACCAUUCAAAUUGUGUCUGCAUUUUCGUGAUUGGCUAGCUGGAGAAUGGAUACCAACACAAAUCGCGCGUUCUGUUGAAGAAUCCAGGCGAACAAUAGUAGUUUUAUCACCCAAUUUUUUGGAAAGUGUUUGGGGACGAAUGGAAUUUAGAGUGGCGCAUUGUCAAGCACUCAGCGAACGCAGAUCAAAAGUUAUUUUAAUUUUAUAUGAUGAAAUUGGUCCCAUUAAUAAUUUAGAUCCAGAACUCAAGGCAUAUAUGAGCAUGAAUACAUAUGUAAAAUGGGGUGAUCCUUGGUUUUGGGACAAAUUACGAUAUGCGUUACCACAUGCUGAAUUUACAAAAAAUGUUAUAAGAAAAAAAAUUUUUCAAAAACACCAACCAUGUAUACAAAUUAAAGGCGAGAAGAAAGAGUUAAUUUAUCCAAUUGAUACUUCUGAAACACCCCCUGCAACAAGCACUCCACCGACAGAUACUCUUAAAAUAUUUAUAUGUGAUAAAAAGGAUAGUGAUAAUAAAGAGAAUUCUCAAAAUCUUUCUUCAUCAGAUUGCAACACCAAACUUAUUCUUUCAAAGGAAGAAUUAGUAAAACAUAAUUUGGUUAAUAAAGUACAAUGUACUACCGUAUGACAAGAUCAUCAUAAAUAUAUAUAAUAUACGAAACAUUUGAAGAAUGUUUUGUUUAAACAA